UAUUACAAUUUCAGCUCUCUUCCGUCAAUAACAAAAUUCGUGGGUGGAGUUUCGAAAUAUUAUCAAAUUUGUUUGAAUGGCAAUAUUUUCAAAAGGUGUAAGUUGACAACAGUAUUUCGAAAUUAUUUUAUAUAAAAGGAUGGCAAGCAGUCCCGAACCUAGUAUAUUGAAUCAACAGAUGCCGCAGAAACCUGUCGCAAAUCCAGGUCAAACAUCGGCCAAAGUUUCUGCAGUGGAGCUUUCGAAAAAGUUACAGAAAUGUAUGCUGAGACUGAAAGGAGAGUAUAUGGGAAAUGAAGGGCAAGGUGUAGACUAUGAAAAACUCAGAUUAAGUCAACAGUUCAAGGAGUAUGAGGAAUUAACGUCACAACUUCAGAACGUCAGUUUAACAGAUUUAUCUGAGAAUGAAAAGAAAGCUUUCUUCAUCAAUUUAUAUAAUGCUCUUACCAUCCAUGGUUUGGCAAGAAUGGAUGCAUUACCAGAUUCUGUUUUAAAUGUCCAACAGUUUUGGAAAAAGACGUGUUAUAAUGUAGCAGGGCAUACAUUUAGCUUAGAUGAUAUAGAGCAUGGAAUAUUAAGAGGAAACAAACCACAUCCAUCUUCAAUGAGUCCACCGUUCAAUCCAAAAGAUCUCAGACUGAAGUUUGUCUGUACUCUUGACCCAAGGAUACAUUUUGCCUUAGUAUGUGGUGCAGUGUCAUGUCCUGUGAUCAAUGUUUACACGGCUGAGAACCUAGACAGAGCAUUAGAGGAUGCCACAAAGAAUUUCUGCAAACAAGAGGUGUCAAUGUUUACAGAAACAGAUGAGAUCUGGCUGUCAAAAAUAUUUCAGUGGUAUAUGGAUGAUUUUGGCAAAACAGAUUUAGAUGUUAUUAAAUGGACUAUUCCAUAUUUAGAAUUGAAUAUUCAAGAAAGAGCAUGGACUCUACUAGCAAAAUUACAAAGUUAUGGAACUGUUGAUGUUAAAUAUAAUGAAUAUGACUGGAGACUUAAUAGAAAGGGAGUUAAUCCAUUGAUUCUUUAAAAGUUAAAGAAUAAGCAAAAAUGAUGAAAGAAGAAUAGAGGAAAACUAGGACUGGGAAACAGACGUCUUGCUUAUUUAUAUUUUUGCCUAUUGUUAGCUUUUCUGGUAAGGUGUCUGAGCUUCCAAACAUUUUGGUACAAGGAAUAUUUAAUUUUUUAUACAUAUUGUUAUUAUUGUUGGUUUAUUCUAUAUUUAUACAGUUUUCUUUCUGGUAAAGAUAACAUUAUAAACAUUUAUUUUUACGCACUAUGAAAAUUGAAAUCCAUAAUUGUAUGUAAAGUGUCUGAUGUUUAUCAUGUUUAUUGUUAAAAGAUUGUUGGAUCUAGAUACAACAGGUACAAGGGUAUAUUGUCUUUUGUGUAGUACUAUCAUCAGACAUUGUUAAAAUAUAAUGCUAUAGAUGUAUCUUUUUUGGUCAGUUAUUUUAUGUCUUUUCCUUCAUUAUUUGUUAGAAUGAACAAUUAUUUAUAAUAGCCUUAGAUGGUACAUUGUGCUCCCAUAUUAAGAUCCUUCAGUCUCAUUUUAGCAAAGAAGUUUUAAGGAAUCAAUACAAGGACUGUUCAAUUUAAUCUUUACAAUGCCAUAUGUUGUAGGAGGAAACUUUUCCUACAUAAGAUAUGCAAUACAAACAUUUGAAUCAGAUUUCUCUUUCUGUUUUUCAUCAUUGUAUUUAUAAGGUGUAAAGAAAUAUAGUACAAUUCUUUGUAGAUUUACAUUUUGCAUUGGUUUGGGAACGUAAAUUUCUUUAUUAGACUUCUUAUUUUAUGAUUUAAAUACAUGUUUCUAAAUAGUAAUAGUCAAGAUAAUCUAUAACCUAAGAUAUACAUAUGCUUACAAAUAAUUAUGAGGGCAGAAAGAUUUGACAAAUCUGUUUUAGUACCCUUACACAAUUUAAUCUUAAAACUCAAAGGGAGAUAAUAGAUUUUAUAUAAAAAAAUAUUUGAAUUAUCUCCCUUAGAUCACUUGACCGGCUAUCUAGAUUAAUGUAGAACUCACUGUAGUCAGUGACUAAGUGUUCAUUGAAAGUGGACUUUAAAGAUUAGGUUACUCUGGUUAAAAAUUCAAAGGCCCGCAAGAAAAAGUGCAAUUUUUCUGACAUGGCAUAAAUGUCAAAUAAAGUCAAUUUAUAGAUUUUAUUCCUCGGUGUCAAAGAAUUCUUUAAUACAGUUUUUUGAUAAAAUAGAUUUGUAAACAUGAAUAUCAUACCCCAACUCACAGAGUGUCUUGUUAAGUGUAGUCACUUUUUUAACAUAUCGGUCUGGCCGUCUCCAUAUUUUCUACAAAUAUUACUAUAUGAAGGAAUGAUUUAAUAUUUGGUCUGAAACUUUAUAAUGUUGAGUUGUACUUCCUGUUUGAUGAUACUUUUAUUUUAUUAUGAUCACCUUAAACAUGGAUUUUCCAUUAAUAUUUGAUAAUGAGUGGGAGUAUACUUUUCAUGCCAUUGUGUGUAACUUCUUUUUUUCUAUUGUUGUUAUUGGGUAUGACAUUUUAUUUGGUUUUUUUUUUCAAUGCCAGUUGAUGAUUUUCUAUAUUAAAAAGGAAAAUUAUUGACACAGCCCCUUUUGAUAUUAACUUGUAUAAAAAAAAUUUCAAAUGGAAGAAUAAACUAAAAAAGAUUGAACUUAAUAAUUCUUUUAAUUGACUUAUUAAUUUUUCAAAAGUCUUGGAAAUCAAUCUACCUCUUGAAUUUGUUUGGCAUUUUUUUUUCACCGUAUUUCAUAAUUUAUAAUAAUUUGGAUAUACGUGUGUUAUAUCAUGGAAGUAAUAUUUCCAAGUAGAUAUAUGUAAUAUUUAUAUUGACAAAAUGAUAAGAAAAUGUAUCAUGUUAAGAAGAAGUAAAUAUUUAUUUAUGUAUAUGAGUUUACAGAAAAAAUCUUAAUUUAAAAAAGUGUGAAUUUUGAUUUUACAUAUUGAUUAUUAUGUAUUUUGCUUGAAUGAAUGUGUUUGUUUUGUAUGCAAACAAUCAUUUGUUUGUUGUUGAUUUUUUCUUUUUUUUAAACAGUCAGUAUGAUACAUUUUUUUUUAAUAUGCUAUUCAAAUCAUAAAUGUUCCACUUGUCCCAUAAAAAAAAAUCAGGAUUUUAUAGAUUAAAUCAUUUUGUAUUGAAAACUUUAAAUCCAAUUUACUGAAACAUGAAACAAAAAGUCUACCAAGAACUUCAAUAAGCAUCUUGGUAAUGUUCAGAUGACAUCUUUCAGAAAUUUACAUUGUCAAAAAGGGGAUAAAAUAUACCAGGGGACAAUAGGAAGAAAACAAACAGAUGACCAAAAGAAAAAUAAGUUAUAAUUAAAUAGUCCAUAAAAUAAUACACAGAAAAAGUUGAGCAAUACUUACCCUAUUGAUGCAUCUGAGAGUUGCUAAAUGUAGCUCAGGUGUCUAAAUGUUCAACAAUAGAUUUUUCUUAAUCUUCGGUAAAAGACUUCUUGGUCAAUGUAUGAUCAAAUUUCAAUAUAAAAACUGGGGGUUACAGACCUUGUUUUUUCAUACAUUGAAAUUAACAAAAUUACAGUUCAGUUAUAUGGGAUAUAUAGGGGAAGCUUGAAUUUUUUCCUUGUUUGAAAUAUCAAAUAAAAAUAGAGGGGUUACCAGCCAUAUUUUCUUGAAAAAUCCCCAAAACAUAAAUUGUCCUGUCAAAUUCAAUAUAAUUAUCUGCCCGUGUUUUUAAAAGUAUUUUUCUGAAAUUUUUUAUAUAUGCGUAACAACACUUAAUUUUCCAUAGUUUAAUAUUUAAAUUUAGAUGUUUCUGUUGUAUUGAAGGAUACUUGGUAAAAAAAGAUUU